AAAUAAAUUGUGUAAUUACAAGACUGAUACAUAUUAAUUUAUUAAUUACAUCAAUUCCAAUUAUAUAGGUGUGCUAAAAGACAUUUUUAAAAAAGCUUUGCCAAGUCAUUUCACUCCCCUCCUUUUCAAUUCCGGCUUCACGCACUCUGCGAGGCUCCCGCUUCUUCCCUUCUCUCCGGCGAACUCCUUACUUCUUUUGUAUUACUCUUCUCUGUUCUCUACUUCCAAUUUCUUGGUGAAAUAAUUGAAUUGUCACAGACCCCUUUGAGUUCUUGAUGCAUAGAGAUUUCAUGUUCAAAUCCUAACAGAGACAAUUACACUUUCGUGAUUUAGUUGCAUUUGUUCUUAGUCUUAGUAGACAGAGUUAGUGGUGGUUCCUGUUGAGGAGUCUGGUAUCCUGUGGAACUAAUUGAGGUGAGCUGGCCCGGACACCAUGAUUAUGAUAAGGAAAAUUGAAUAAAUUGUCAUAGGCCCUAUGAGUUCUUGAUGCAUUUGAGGUCUCAGGUUCAAAUCCUAGCGGAGACAAAAAACACUUUGUGAUUUCUUCCUGUCUAAUUGUAGCCAUGGUGGAGGUGGGAGGUGGCUGGUAUCUCAUGGAACUAGUUGAGGUGUGCGCUAGCUGACCUGGACGCCACUGUUAUCAAGACAAAAGAAUGGUUGAACUGUCAUAGGCCCCGUGAGUUCUUGAUGCAUUGACUAAAGAAUUGUUAGUAGGAGUUUUUUUCUUUAGCAUGAAGAAUGAAGUACUUUCUAGUGUUAUUCAAAAAUUACAAAAUCCCCCGGUUGCUGAUUACCAAAUCUUGGCAAAUGCUCUCAAAUUUUGUGCUGCUAUAUCAGAUAAAAUGUUGGGGAAAGCUCUACACAGUUCUGUUAUUAAGUUAGGCCACCAUUCUUGUCAAUUUGUUAUAAAAGGUUUGCUUAAUAUGUAUGCUAAAUGUAAAGAUCUUGAUCAAUGUCAAAAACUUUUCGGUCGGAUUAAAUGUAGUGACAUAGUGAUGUGGAAUAUUGUGUUGUCUGGAUUUGCUGGUUCGCGGUUACAUGAAGUAGAGAUGGGAAGGAUGUUUAAUUCAAUGCAAAGAAUGCAUUAUCCUAAGCCAAGUUCUGUCACUCUUGCUAUUGUUAUUCCUGUGCUUGCUCGCUCUGGAGCGUUGGAAUCUGGAAAAAGUGUUCACUGUUACGCGGUAAAGCAUGGAUUGGAUUGUGAAACACUGGUAGGAAAUGCUUUCAUAUCUAUGUAUGCAAAAUCUGGGAAUUUUUCAGAUGCAGAAGCUACUUUUCAUGGAAUUUCUCUCAAAGAUGUUGUUUCGUGGAAUGCAAUGAUUGCAGGUUUCAUAGAGAAUAAGCUUACAGAUAGCGCGUUUAAAUUGUUUAGGUUGAUGUUGAGAGGUUCCGUUCUACCUAAUUAUGCAACUAUUGCUAAUAUUCUUCCUAUCUGUUCUAGUUUAGGAGGGAUAGAUGGUUACCACUUGGGAAGGCAGAUGCAUUGUUACGUUUUGAGACGGACUGAGUUGUUAUCAGAAGUUACCGUUGUUAAUGCUCUUUUGAGCUGCUACUUAAGGGUUGGGAAUUUUGAAGGAGCAGAGACUUUGUUCCGGAAUAUGAAAGGCAAAGAUAUGGUAUCAUGGAACUCUAUAAUUGCUGGAUAUGCAGCAAAUGGUGAAUGGUCGAAGACACUGGAUUUUUUCAGUGAAUUCACUAAAGAAGAGAUGAAUGGACCAGACUCUAUUACUCUUAUGAGCAUUCUUCCAGCAUGUUCACAACUUAAUAAUGUGUUGAUUGGGAAGCAAAUCCAUGGGUAUGUAAUUCGUCACCAUUUCCUCCAUCAGGAUAUCUCUGUGAUUAACGCCCUUAUAAACUUUUAUGCAAAAUGUGGAAACAUCAUAGAGGCAUAUGAUAUAUUUUUAUGGACUUCUAAUAAAGACUUGAUAUCAUGGAACACUAUGCUUGAUGCGUUAGCAGAAAAUCAACUUCACGAUGAAUUCAUUAACUUGUUAAAGAGGAUGUUUAGAGAGGGGAUGAAACCUGACUCUAUCACAUUAUUGGCUGCGGUGCGCUAUUUUGGUAACAUUUCAAGAAUGGAUAAGGUCAAAGAAGCGCAUGGUUUUUCUGUACGAUCUAGUAUCUUGCUAAAUUAUAGUGAACCUACUCUCGUCAAUGCCUUACUUGAUGCCUAUGCGAAGUGUUGCAAUUUGAACUAUGCUAACAGAAUAUUUGAGAAUUUAUCAGGAAGCAAGAAUAUAGUUACAUGCAAUUCAAUGAUCUCAGGGUUUGUGACUUAUGGUCUGCAUGAAGAUGCACAUAGCAUAUUCAAGGGGAUGACGGAGAGAGAUCUUACCACGUGGAAUCUGAUGGUGAGAGCUUAUGCUGAAAAUGAUUGUCCUGAUCAAGCAGUAAGUCUGUUUACCGAAUUACAGCAUCACAAAAUGAGGCCUGAUGCCAUGUCCAUUUUGAGCUUCCUUCCGGUUUGUGCUCAAAUGGCCUCAAGCAACUUGCUGAAGCAGUGUCAUGCAUAUGUGAUCAGGGCUUUCCUGGAUGAUGUUUAUCUGAAUGGAGCUCUCAUAGAUGUUUAUUCAAAAUGUGCUACUCUAGGAUAUGCAUACAAGCUUUUCCAAUCAUCUCCUGUAAAAGAUCUUGUAAUGUUUACAGCAAUGGUUGGAGGGUAUGCUAUCCAUGGAAUGGGAGAAGAAGCACUUGGGAUAUUCUACCACAUGCUUGAGAUGGACUUUAAACCAGAUCAUGUUAUAAUAACUACAGUGCUAUCUGCUUGUAGUCAUGCCGGCCUUGUGGAUGAAGGGUUAAAGAUCUUUGAUUCAAUGGAAAAGAUGCAUCAAAUCAAACCUAGCAUGGAGCAUUAUGCCUGUGUGGUGGAUCUACUUGCACGUGGAGGCAGAAUUAAAGAUGCGUUUUCCUUUGUGACCCAGAUGCCCUUUCAAGCUGAUGCGGAUAUAUGGGGAACGCUUUUGGGUGGCUGUAAAAUACAUCAGGAGGUUGGCAUGGCCUCUGCCACGGCAGAUCGGCUGUUUCAAGUUAAUUCUAAUGAUAUCGGGAACUAUAUAGUCAUGUCAAAUCUGUAUGCUGCAAAUGCUAGAUGGGAUGGUGUCUUAGAGAUAAGGAGGUCUAUAAAAAGGAGAGAUCUUAAGAAGCCAGUCGGUUGCAGUUGGAUUGAAGUGGAAAGAAAUAAAAGUGUUUUUGCUGCUGGUGAUUAUUCUCACCCACAGCGAAGGCUGAUAUAUGAAACAUUAAGAGUCUUAGAUGAACAAAUCAAAAAUCUCUAUGAGUAUGACAUAUAGCCUCGUAAUAUUUUGUUCAUGUGAAGUAACACUGAGCUACUGUAUCACUACAUUAUGCAAGAAUGCGGUCCAUAUUUAUCUUGCAGCUUUUGAUAUUUGUAUGGGGGAAUUUCUUGUCAUUGUCCAAUAAGCAUCCCUUAAUUGAGAAAGUCUGAUAUGCAUAGAGCUUUCUCAAAGUUUUGGCCAGCUAUCAACAACAGCAACAACAACAUACCCAGUGUAGUCCCACAAAGUGGUCUGGGUAGGGGAAGGGUAUAAUGUAUGCUGAUCUUACCCCUACCUCAGAAGUAGAGAGGUUGUUUCCCAUAGACCUCGGUUCAAGAAGAAACACUCCACAUCUCCACGUUUUGGCCAGCUACGUUAACAUUUUAUACUAAUGCAAACUGCAGAUCAGUUCAGUACACUUCUUCUUCCCAGGGAGGUCAAAAUGUGACAUCGGCAUGCAAGUGUCUUCUCACUGGUUGAGCAUUUAUACUCUUUUCAUUCUUUUAAAAGAAAAUACGAUCUCACCGUAAGUUAUCUAACCAAGACUCUAAAUAGCUGCCACUUAUCUUACAUACUGAAUUCUUGGUCUUCUUUUCCUGGCGUUGUUUUAUUCAACUCCAGAACAUAGUUCCAGCUCCAGUGUCCAACAGAGAAGACAAUUUGUUUGCAGCUGUUUGAGUUAUAUGAUUUUGCAUUUCCUUUGUGUUGGAAAGGCUGAGCUCGAGGUUGGUUUUUUUGAGAAUGUUGUGAAUUCAGGUUCAUCUGUUCAUUAUCAAGAACUUUAAUCUUGUUCGUACUAUUUUUCUUCUUGAAAAAAUUAUUGUUCUACACAUAAUUAAGUUAGUAAUAGUAUACUCUAUCUAACAGUUUAAACUUUUAGAUGAGAUUGUCACACACUUUAGCAUCGUAGGAGAGCAAACAUAGGCCGUGGAUUCAAGUUUCAUCAUCACCAUUAUUAUAAGAAGAAUUUCUAAGUGUCUGGCUCAUAAAGGAAAAUCAAGCCCUCACAUGAGGGUGUGUGUUGAACACAUAAUAAAGUAAAUAAACUGUGCUUUCUCUAACAACUAAAUCUUUUUAAUGAGAUGGUCAUCACUUAAACAAUUACGUAAUGGAGAAUGCAAGUGGAAGAAUGUAGAAUGCAUUAUGUAGGUAAGCUGAUAUGGGGAAAAUAUUUUACUCAUAUGAGUUUGGUGCUUUUUCUCUUGGUCACUAGUAUACAUGUUGAAUAUUGGUCAUGAGCAGUGUAAUGAGAAGAUGACCUAUAUGUGAGGACUCAUUUAUUAACUUUAUCUUGGCUCUUUGUAGGACUACUUCAGCACGUAUUUACCCAAUUGGGACAGUUCUGAAAUUUGUUUAAAAUAUAUUUUGCGCUUGUCUUUACUCGAAUCAAGUUCAUUAAGUAUAGAGGUUUGAAACUUUCAAGAAUAAACCUUCUUGUUUAGCUGAGGAGGAAUUCUUAAUUAAAAGGAGAGCGAUCUAUAGUUGAAGCUGGUACUGAGAGACUAUAAAAAUUGAAAAUUGAAACGACUCAAGAUAAAUUUAUGAUGAUGGUUCUAGUGUUGUAGAUAUGAUCAUGUUGUCAAGCAGGGAACUUGUGAUUGCCUCAUCAUGAAACAGUAGCGUAUGUAACUGGAUUCAUUUUGGGUGAUAUAUAUGGGAGAUGCAUCUAACAUGGGGAUGUCUAAUUCCUAACAAGCUGGAUUCAUUUUAGGUGAUAUAUAUGGGACAUGCAUCUGACAUUGGGAUGUCUAAUUCCUAACAAGCAUUAAGGUAUUCUGGGGGAUAUUAGAAGUACCAACACCUGUAUCAUACCCAUUGACAUAUGUUUGCCGUGACAAAGAGCCUACUUACAUAAACAGGAUUCCUAGAACGAAAUACAAUGCAGAUUGAAGACUAUGCAUUUCACAUACAAAAGCUACCGAGUUUUGGAAUUGUCUAUCUAAACAAGAACAGAAAUUGGCUGGCAGGUGCAUUGAUGACACGAAGGAACAUCUAACUUAAUCUGUUUUCUGAAAGCUGCCUCCUGGUUUCAAGUCUCAUUGAAGUAAUCUUCACUGAGUUUGAAGAUGUACAUGGACAUGCAAUGAAUGAAAUAAGGAGGAAAGACCCAAAGAAUCAAGCAGAAGAGAUGCAAGAGGUGAAGAAAGAAAAAAGGAAAAGUUGCACAUUUGGCUGUUUGCCGAAAAUAAUUACAAUCGUUAGUCAAGAGUGUGACCAAUUUGUGAAGACUUGAUGACAACAUUCAUGAAUAUGGAUGAAUUUUAAAAGACAUGAAUUCCAUUGCAUAGUGAGUGGUGCACCGGACUGUCCUUUUACAUGAAUUCUAUUGCAAAUUUAUAAUGAACGUAUAAACCAAGUCUUAACAGCA